GGCGGCAGCGCGCGCGUUGUUGUGCAGCCCCAGCAGAGCGGCUGGAACAGCGGUGUGUUUUACUGAACACGCCCAAAAUCUGCACUGCUCUUUAUUUACUGCUUUUAUUUUAGUGGCGGUGGUAUUCCUGACAUUCAUAAAGCGGGGCUUUUUUUUUAAAUUGUGUUUUCCAGCUGUGGACUCGAAACCUAAUAAUAAUAAUAAUAAUAAUAAUUAAAAACACACCACCCGUCUUGGUGGGUCGACUACGGCAGCAGCAGCAGCAACAAGAAGAAUCCGGGACUGGACGGUGGUGUAUAUUGUGUCACUUUUCCAGAUGUGGUUGCAGUGUUUACAGGGCCCUCACUUUACUGAGAGAUCAAUACAGAGUCAGGGUGAUGUCAUUCACUGCGGCCUCGCACACAUCACAUCCCAUCCCAUCCCAUCCCAUCACAGCUGCAGGCGAACAGCCAUCAACAUCAGCACACGGAGAUUAUUACAAACACUGUGAAGAUGACGGAGUACAAAUUGGUGGUGGUUGGUGCUGGUGGUGUGGGCAAGAGCGCGCUCACAAUUCAACUGAUCCAGAACCACUUUGUUGAUGAGUACGACCCUACUAUUGAAGACUCCUACAGAAAGCAAGUGGUGAUUGAUGGCGAGACAUGUCUGCUGGACAUUCUGGACACUGCCGGUCAGGAGGAGUACAGUGCCAUGAGGGACCAAUAUAUGAGGACAGGAGAGGGCUUCCUCUGUGUCUUCGCCAUCAAUAACACUAAGUCCUUUGAGGACAUCCACCAGUACAGGGAACAGAUCAAAAGGGUAAAAGAUUCAGACGAUGUGCCCAUGGUGCUUGUGGGUAAUAAAUGUGACCUACCAGCUCGUACAGUGGACACAAGGCAAGCCCAGGAACUGGCUCGCAGUUAUGGCAUCCCUUAUAUUGAAACAUCUGCCAAGACGAGACAGGGAGUGGAGGAUGCGUUCUACACACUGGUGCGGGAAAUCAGGCAGCACAAGCUCAGAAAGCUGAAUCCGCCAGACGACAACGGUCAAGACUGCAUGAACUGUCGCUGUGUCGUGUCAUGACCAAGUUGCUUGCAUAAAAUGGAAGAGACUUUUGGAGUGGCUGCACUGCUCCAACACUCCAAUGCCUCCACAGAUGUUGGAGAUUGGGACAGACUGUAUAAAAGGAAAACCUUAACGUUGGCACAAGUGGAUUGAUUCUCCACAUUUGUUUGCUGAGGGACAUCUCUGACACUGGCCUCCACUGGAGAAAAUUUACCUCAAAGACUAGUCUCAACACUGGGUUUGCUUGGGUUGUGUUAAGGACUGCCACACUUAAACAUGUUAUCCCUACUAAAACACUAUCUACUCUGAACUGGAAACAAUAACCUUGCCCAUCACCUCAUCAGCUUUGGACUUUUGACCAACAUGCAGGAGGAAUGUAGAAUGGUUACCAUACUCCAAGUUGUGAACAUAAUGCAUAGAUUAGCAAAUGUAAUGUGAGGAAAAAAUUAUACAACUUGUAUACCAUAUUUGAGAAGGGCCUAACUCAAUAUAAUGUACAUAUUUACUGACCUCUGUUGCGGCAAAAUAUUUCACUGUUCCAGUGCAAUAGUUGGUAGUGUUGAUCAAGGUACAGUGAUAAGGGAACACACUGCUUGGACACUAUUGAUUUGUACAUGGCAAAAGACUGUGUUUUAAGUGCAAGGCCACAGUUCAUAUGUGAUCCUCUUUAUCUGUUGGCCUCUAUUUAAAUAACAAUGAAAAUUUAGGAUUCUAACACCAAAAAUUUGACAAGGUUUGUCGACUUUGUGAUCAUCUGUGUUUUUCUGGAGUGGUAAUACAUGGUGCCUGUAGGCUACUUUAUUUCACAGAGGGCAGACUCUAACUGAAUUGCACAUAUUGCAACCUCAAACGCCUAAAGCACUUAUGUUUCUGCCCAUCACUGUGCUUUGUUUUGCUCAGGGCACAGGGUUGAGACAAUGUGUUUUGGUUUGGAGUCUCUUGUCAUAUUGUGAAUGAUUUGACUUCUGAUGGUUCUGUUCUUUCUUAUCGGAGUGUUUAGAAAGGACAAUGAAGUGCUAAUGUUACCAAUUCAAGUGCUGAAACAUUAAAAUCAGUGGUCUUUUAGGGA